CGCGAAUUAUUCAAGCCGCCACUACUGCCCCUCGAGAACAAUGAGUGACGAGAUCUACCCCAUCAAUCUCCUCACGGAAGAAAUGCGCACCGACGAAACGGAGACGAGGAUCCGCAGCAUGCGCCGCCUUCGAACCAUCGCCCAGGCUCUCGGUCCCGAACGCACGCGCUCCGAGCUUCUCCCGUUCCUCAACGAAUCCACGGACGACGAAGACGAAGUGCUUGUUGCGAUGGCGGAAGAGUUGGGCACGUUUGUCGACUUGGUGGGUGGCCCGAGCGCCGCGUCGGUCCUUUUGACGACGCUCGAAGUGCUUGCUACCGCGGAAGAGACUGUAGUCCGUGACAAGGCCGUGGCGUCCAUCAACAAGGUCCUGGACGUCGUCACGGACGCGGCCGAGUUGGCGUUGCCGCUCAUCAAGCGGCUGACCGAAGGCGACUGGUUCACGUCCCGCGUGUCCGCGUGCUGGAUCUUCCCCGUCGCGUACUCCAAGGUCGACCCUGCCAACAAGAAGGAACUACGCGACCUCUUCACCACGCUCUGCGCCGACGACACCCCCAUGGUCCGCCGCGCGGCCGCGUUGAACAUUGGCAAAUUCGGCGCCAAGAUCGAGCGCGACAUCUUCGUGUCCACGAUCUUGCCGCUCUUCAAGUCGCUGACAGUGGACGACCAGGACAGCGUCCGUCUGUUGGCCAUCGAGAACUGCGCCGUGAUCGCCAAGCUGCUCAACGAAGAUGAAAACUUGUCGCAUAUCCUGCCCGUCGUGCGGUCGUCGUGUGAGGACCGGUCGUGGCGCGUGCGCUUUAGCAUCGCCAAAGACUUUUUUCCGCUCGCCCAAGCGAUUGGAGCCAACAUCACCGAAACCGAACUGCUCCACUUGUUUGUCGUGUUGCUGCAGGACGCGGAAGCCGAAGUCCGCGCCGCCGCCGCUAAAAACAUCUCUGGCUUUGCGGGACUGGUCAAGCAGUCGAGCUUCAUGGCCGAGAUCUUCCCGCAGCUCCAGCCCUUGUCGCAGGACGUUGCGCCAAACGUUCGCACUGCGGUAUCCAUUGUAACGAUGGAAAUCGCGCCAAAAUUGGGCGAAGACGUGACCAAGACGUCGUUGAUUCCGAUUCUGCUGCAGUUUCUCCGCGAUGACGUCGUGGACGCGCGGCUCAAUGUGCUCAAGCGCAUGGACAACAUCUCUCCGUGGAUGUCCUCGUACGAGUCGACCCUCCUUCCCGCCAUCACGGACCUGUCCAAGGACCUGCAGUGGCGCGUGCGCGAAGCAGUCAUCCUCGCUUUGCCAUCCCUCGUCACCACGCUGGGCGCGGCGUACUUUCAGCAGCAUCUGCUCGACAUGUUCCUGAACGCGUUCCAGGACAUGGUGAGCGAAGUGCGGCUGAGUACGACCAAGAUCCUGCGCGAUAUCCUCGACGUCGUGGGGAGCGACUACGUGCUCGAGAGCGUCCUGCCCAAACUGUCCAAGAUAUACGAAAACUCUGUCACGUACCAGGAGCGUGUCAACGUCUUCCAUGCAUUGGGGCAACUGGCCAGCGCCAAGGCGUCGGUGCAACUGCUCACGGAAUUGACGGCGUUGUCUGUGAAAGGCGCUAGUGACAAGAUCCCCAACGUGCGGUUCACAGUGUCCACGACCCUCGAGGUGCUGGGCAAGAGUACGACGGACGCCGCCGUGUUGGAGUCGAUCCGGACCAGCUUGACGGCGCUGCAGGCAGAUGCAGACCCGGACGUCAAGUACUAUGCCAGUGUCGCGCUCGACACUGUGGGCACUUCGAGUUAACAACAUAACGUUACUAGAUAUAAUACCAUGAUCAAGUACUGUAGCUAGUGUUAGCCCUACUGAUUGAUUCCAUA